AAUGUUUCCACUGAUACACACAUAUUCAAACGGAAGACUACAGGAUAGUCCAUCUAUACAUAUUUUGAAGCUCUUAAGUUUUCAUAAGAGCGUUUCAGAAUAUGGGUGAGGAGAAGAAAGAAGAAGUAAGCAAAGAGGAGAAGAAAGAAGAAGGAAACAAAGAUGAAGAGCCUCCUCAAGAAAUUGUGCUCAAGAUCGACAUGCAUUGUGAGGCUUGUGCAAGAAAAGUUGCAAAAUCCUUGAAAGGAUUUCAAGGAGUGGAGGGUGUAACGGCGGAUUACAAGGCCAGUAAAGUUGUAGUGAAAGGCAAAACUGCAGACCCUUUAAAAGUGUGCGAGAGAAUUCAAAAGAAGAGUGGUCGAAAAGUCGAAAUCAUUUCACCAUUGCCAAAGCCACCUGAGGAGGUUAAGGAAGAAACUAAAGAGGCGCCCAAAAAUCCAGAAAAGAAAGAAGAGCCUCCUGCUAUUGUAACAGUUGUAUUGAAAGUUCGAAUGCACUGUGAAGCUUGUGCUCAAGUGCUGCAGAAGAGAAUUCGAAAAGUUAAAGGUGUAGAAUCUGUGACAACUGAUCUUGCGAACAAUCAUGUAAUUGUGAAAGGUGUUCUUGAUCCCGAUAAGCUGGUGAGCGAUGUGUACAAGAAAACCCGUAAGCAAGCAUCGAUAGUGAAGGACGAAGAAAAGAAGGAAGAAGAGAAGAAAGUCGAGGAGAAAAAAGAAGAAAAAGAAGAAAAGAAAGAAGGGGAAGAAUCUAAGGAAGAAGAUGAUACGAAAACUGAGAUCAAGAAAAGCGAAUACUGGCCUCCUCCUAAGUACUAUAUGGAUUACGCGAAUCCACCUCAAAUGUUCAGUGAUGAAAAUCCACAUGCUUGCUCUGUUAUGUAAUCGACUCAUCUACUUUGAGAGCUUUAUCGUUAGCUAUCGUACGUUAGAUUCGCUAUGUAUUAGUAUAUAUCAAUAACUACAGUGGCCUUUGGUAAUACAAGUUUUAUGCCCUCUGCAGCAAUUUGUCAUA